AUGACGGGAUCAGACCAAAGUUUGUCGUUUACCGAGCUCCCAACAGAGAUAUACAUAUGCAUAUUGAAAUACCUACAUUUUGAGGAUUGGGUGGCCUUGACGAUGGUCAACCGAAAACUCAGGCUGAUUCUCGAUACGCCACUCUUCUUAAACAUGAUAUAUGAGAUGACGUUUGGAAAGGCAAUGGACGAUUUCUGUCUCAGAUCGACUCCCGUAUCCAAAAGUGUACCACAUAAAGUGUUUCGCUUUUUGGCAAUGCUAAACGAGAAUAAUGCUUCCGUGCGUCCUUCACUACGACUACUUAAACAGCCUGAGGCAAUUCUACCCAUUGCCUCCAUGAUGGAGAGCAAUGAGGAACGAUUACUCCAGCUUAUAAAAUCAUUACUGGAAGAAAAAUGUCUUGAUUUGACAACAUAUGCCUUUUUGAGGAAGAUCUUUCAGUUGCAGAACUAUGAAAUUGCCAAUAGAUAUUUUGAAAAGCAAGAUUAUGGAGAGCACAGCGAAGAAAAUUUCUUCCAGAUCACCCGAUACUCUUCGGAUUUUUUACAUCACGCCAAGUAUAGAGACCGUAUUCACACAAAAAUCCAUAAAGCCUUGGAUAACAUACAAGGACUCCAGAGAAAGAAAGGAACCUUGAAAUUUCAGAAUAAGGCGGUGUACAGUCAGUUCUUGAAAACAUUCAUGACAACCGUACUUCAUCAGCUUCCUAGUGGGCCAAUGGAGCAAAGAUGGGUGACAAUUCUUGCGCUUUACGCUGGGAAACUAACGAGUGACCAAAAGGGCUUGAGGCAACUUUUUGUGAUCCAUCUUCUCAAAAGAUUUGUCGAGGAACGAUUGUUCAACAGGUACGACAUUGUCAUUGGCGAUCAGCCUAUUGAUGUGCUGCCUGAAAUUAAGAACAAAAUACUUCUAUUAGGAGAGGAUGCCAUUUUGUACAACGAUAGCAAAAUCAAGCAGAUGAGCACGCGUACCUUGAGAAAAUGGGGACUUCUUCGCCACGAUGCCUACCCUGAGAAUCUCUUUGAUUUCGAAUUUCUCUACAACGACAUCAGGCUCCAGGAUCUCACGCCAGAGAAGAAUUGGGCUCUCACUGUGCCUAGCUCGUACACCUUCGAACACGUCAAAGAAAUCUGCGUAUACUCAAGGAUCAAUACUGAACAGUAUGCCAAAUCUAUAAACUUAAAGCCAGACUUAAAUGCGUGCCUCAAUGACGGUAAAUUUCUUUUCAGACGAGGAGACUUAGUCAUGAGUCAUUUCCACGGCAUAGUGGGUGUUGUCGCAGAGGAUACGCCACUAGAGAGCGAAAUGAUGAAUAUCAAUGGCAUCAACUCUGGAAUCACGGAUCUGUUCCGGCGCGGUGAUUUUAAGAAAAUCGAACCCACAGACGUUUCUGUUUCCAGAGAAGGACUCCAAGAUUUCGUGUACUGGCUUACACGAAAUGACUCCUUUAUUCACCUUAUUGGUACUAAGUACACGCACUUGGUGCUAGAGAAUGACGGAUUUAGGCUAAUUGCAUCUCAACAUACGACACCUUUUCGCAUUGAGUGGUGA